AUGUGGCUGGACCUGACGGUAUGCAGACAACCUUGAGGGAGUGUCAGAGCAGACGGUCAAAACAUACAUGCGAGGUGUGCCAGAAGCCGUUUCCCUCCGCAGCACAUCUACGUAUGCAUAUGAGAACGCAUACCGGAGAAAAACCGUUUGUUUGUUCUGAGUGUGGAAAAGGGUUUGCCCAGAAAGGAUCUUUGAAAGCUCAUUACAUUGGCAUCCAUUUAAGACCGUUCUAGCUUUCUGAAAUGUGAUAUCAUAGUGACCUGUGUCCACAAUGUGUUACCAUCAGGUCUAGGAAAUGUGAUACCAUAGUGAUUUGUUUAUAAGAUGUGUUUACCAUCAUAAGUGACUUAUUUGCAAGAUUUUCUACCAUCAUAAGUGGUUUAUUUGCAAAAUGUGUUACCGUAGUGACUAGUACCUUAGUUACUUGUUUGCAUAAAGCCGAUGCCUGCGUAAAUAGAUUUUGAGAACUGACUACACUUCUACAUGUUAUUGAAAUUCAUUUUUUCUGCAUUUUUAAGAACCAAGUGUUGAGAACGCCCUGACUUGGUUCCAAUAAUGUAAUACCCACUGUCACUUCUUAUGAUGUAUUAUGAAGUAUAUUCAAGCAAGACAAUAUACAAGGCAAGGCACCUAAGGUCUUCAAAUGUCUGCUUAUGCCUAUAGUACAAUGCAAGCAAGGGAAUGUUAGGUUUGAGGUUGACCAUGCACAUUUCACAAGGCUAUCAGAAUUUUUCUGAGACAAUGU